AUGCGGACGUGCAUUCGUCUUUUACUUGCUGUAUGGUCUACGAUUAACCUAUCGUAUGGAGAAGAGAUCAAUGGCAAUGAAGACGAAGUACAUAACCUAACGCCAAAUGCGACAAUGGCUUUGUUAGAUGUUUGGAUGGCAGAAUCCAAUGUAACUUCAGAUGGCGUAUUACCCGGCUUCAAUGUAGUUAUCAACAAUGGAGGAUUCAGUCAAGUUGGAGGUACGUCUAUUGCUUCAGGAGUUUCGAGUGGAACAGGUGAUGGUAAUAGGGGAGGCGGAACAGUUGCUGCUGGUGGAAUCCCCCCAAAUUUCGGGGAAGAAUUUAACGACGGUGGAGGCGACGUCAAAUGGCUCAUGAACUGUGAUUUUCCUGGUCAUGACAUUGGCCGUUUGGAAAGUUCUGGAGAAGAAUGCGGAGGAAUCUGCAUCGCUAAUUUACAAUGCACUCACUUUAGUCACAGCAACGAUGGAUAUUGCCACAUGAAAAGGGCGCCAUUGACCGUUUCGCGUACAACAAAGAACGGAGGCAUGUGCGGUUUCAUUCCAUGGCGAUUUGAUCCUGGGAGAGAGAAUAAGAAUUGGAACGAUGGCGGGGAUGGUGUCAAAUGGCUGCGUAAUUGCGAUUUCCUCGGUCACAACAUACGGCGCCAAGUAGCCUCUGCGGAAGAAUGCGGAGGCAUCUGCGUUGCCAAUCCACAAUGUACUCAUUUUCGUCGGCCGGACAAUGAUGAAUACUGUUACUUGAAAAAUGCACCAUCAAUGACUUCCCGAAUACCGAUCAAUGGUGGCGUAUGCGGCAUCAUUCCCUGGCGAUUGUGACCCAUCAUUUUGUUACAUCAUCUGUAAGGGGAAAAUAAUACAUCAUUAACUUUGGAACAUUC